GGCAGACUCUGCCUGGCGUUGCGCUAUACUUGAGCCCAGACAAAAUGAUGAUAACGGCUGUCCUUCUGCUGGUUCUGCUCGGAAAGAGAGCCACCGUGGUGACUGCCCAAUGUGAGUAGGGGCCAAAACAUGUCGUGACGAUUCUGUCCACGUGCACUAGUCUGUGCUCGUGUGCCGUCCUGUGUUUCAUUUGUCAGCCCCCCCUGCGACGAAUGAGGCGGGCUUCAGAGCGCUGUUCGGUACUUCUGACUUCGUCGCGCCGACAUGUGCCUCAACGAAGACGGUCACAAAUGCAGCUGAUUCUGGGGUUGGCACACUACGAGAGGCACUUGGGAUGCUUGAAGCGCAACAGCCCGACACAGAAGCGACCAUCCGCUGCAUUCGCAUCGACUCCAGUGUGACCCAGAUCGUCCUGCAAAGCAGUCUCAUCUUCAAGGGGCGCAAUGUCUACUUAUUCGCUGAAGACAUCAGCAAUCCGGACUCUUUCCCUGUUGUGAAGGCCCCAGAUAGAGCUGAGCUGCUCAUUGCAGAGGGAGCCAAUGACUUCACCAUUGCUGGCAUUCGCAUCACCAACAAAGGCGCAGAUCGGAACUAUGACGCGCCGCGUCAGGUGAUUCUUCUCAAACCGAACCGACAGUCGAAUAUCAAGGCAAGUGUGGCCUUCUAUCGAGUAUCCAUGGAGGAGUGCAGCAACCCGGAUGAAGGAUGGUUUUCAGCAGUGCGCAUUGAGAAAAACUACGCAUCUCAGACGGAUAGCAUUGAUGUCUCGUUCUGGGAAUCGGCUUUCCACGGAAACGAAGGGAGCGUACUUGAGUGUACUUCGUCAGGAUCAUAUUCUCCCAUCAGGAGGGUCACUCUGAAGAAAACCUUGGUUUAUGGAAAUCGGAUAUAUGAUGGCCCCGAUACUACAAUUUAUUACGCUAUGGUGAAUCUCCUUCAAUGCGGUGCAGCCAUUAAUGAUACAACAUUCGACAGCAACGAGGCUUCGGAAGCCGAUUGCGGCACUGCGCCGAUCUUGAGACUUGGAGGCCUCGAGCAGUCCGAAAGAGUGGUCGUCUACGAAUCGACUUUCCAAAACAACCACAUAAAAGCACAAUGCGGGAGCGAAGAGCACGUGAUCGUAGUUUCUUACAACGUCAAGAGCGUGACAAUCGAGAAGAGCAUCUUUGUUGGCAAUACUCGAGAAUCUAUUGGCCAUGGCCGAGUGACAUCUUAUGACGGGAGUGCGCUCAAAAUUACCAACAUCCACGGUCAUACUAAGAGAGUAAUACACGGUACUGCUCUUUGAUGUUCGAAUGUAUGUUCUUUAGCUGAUGUCGUCGUUACCGAUUGCAUCUUCCAAGAUAACAGGCCGGGAGCUAUCUACAUUUACCGGCAAUACGGAAAUCAAUAUCAUGG